CUCCACUGUUCCCGCUCCCGACAACGCUGGAAUUGCAGAGAGGGGAUGAACAUCUUGGUUCCAUGAGCAGGUCCUUCAGCAACCCGCGUUUAUGAAAGUGUGGUUUAUCAUGACACGAGAAUGAUGAAGAAACCGAAGAAGAGUAAGAAGGAGCAGGGAAAGAAUGUUUCAAUCAUCGUUCAAAAAUUUCUGAAAACCUACGAACAUCACUGUGGUCAGACAUCAAGUGCAGUCAGCUCAAUGCUUGUACGUAAUCUGCAGAAGUGCAUCGAAAAUGAAGAAAUCCUGACCAAGUUGACGCUUGCUGGGCCUGAGACAUCUGCAGAUCCACUGCCACCAGUCACUCUGAAACCACUGCUAAUGACAAUUCGAGAUGAGCGUUAUAUGUAUGGAAAGGAGCUGUAUGUCUGGCAUGUUGCUCUCAGCAAUGAGGACAUUGCAAAUUUAGCAAUAAUUCUCAAACUCCGUGGACGGACGUCUUAUCCGUUUUCCAAAAUUGAAUUGUUGGAUUGUGGAAUUGAUACCUGGUCAAUUGAAAGGCUUGGGAAAUCUCUCAAUUUUAGUGUGCUGACUUGCAUUGUUCUGGAUUACAAUGAAUUUCUCGAUGAAGGCCUACGAGGACUAUGCCAUGGACUGAAGGGAAAUGGUCAGCUGUUAACACUAAGCAUGUGUUACUGUGAUCUAGGACCUCCAAGUGGAUCAUUCUUGGGAGAGCUGGUGGCCAAAACUGCCAUUAGAGAUCUGCUUCUGGAUGGAAAUAAUCUGCAGUGUGAGGGGGCUUAUGAGCUGAUUACGUUUAUUGCCAAUUAUGCCGAACAUGUGGCGAGGAAGAAAUCUGGGGCAUCUUCAGAUAUUGAGGGCGAAACAUCAAAGCCUGUUCUGGAAGAUUUACAUUCCGUUUCAUCAAAUGAAAACACAAAACUUAUUGUUGGCAGUGUUGAUAUGAAUAGCAACAUUCCUGGAUCCAAGAAGGAAAGAAAAGGGAAGAAAAAGAAGGAGCUCCCACAGAUUGGCCCCUGGUUAUCUAAAUUACACCUCGCAGAUAAUGGCAUAGAUGGAAGAGGGAACAAAGGCAAAAUAGGUGCAAUGGCAUUUGCAGAAACGUUAUGCCAAUUGAUAAAGUUUUCAGACCAUUUGACAGAACUGCAUUUAGAUGGUAACUGCUUGGGUGAGCUGUGUGGGAAACAGAUACUCGAUGCCUUAACGAAAAGGAAAGAAGCAAAACUCCAGGAUUUAAAAAUUGAAGUCUCAACCCAAAUGAAUGCAGAUACUUUUAUAAACAUCUUUCAAAAUGCCAGAAAGCACAAGAAAGCCACAAGGAAAAAGAAGAAAAAGAAGUGAUAACAUGAAUCAGUGUCCUCCGGCAGUGCCAGAUCCAAUUCUACACCAAAGUUAAUAGUCCAAAUUCCUUAUCAAUGGUGUCAUCAAAGAAGUUAGCCUCAAAAUUACGGACAUAAAAAUCUGCAUCUCUUUCAUGUUUCCAGAAAACUCUCGUAAUCUUGUGGGGGGAAAAGAGUUUGUGUUGGAUGACAUACCCAGUGUUCCCAUCCAAAAGAAAAUCUGAAGAUUAAGUUUGUUUUGCAUUUCUUUCUCCAAAAUUCACUGUUGACCUGUUGCUGCAGAAAAUUGGACCUUCCACUUUUGCCUCAAAGUGUCAGUCUUUAAAGAUUGAGAACCUUGUCACUUGGAUUGUAACUAUUAUUGAGUCCUGGGAUUCAUCCUUGGCCAAAGAUGGAAACUGGAGCAGCCACACUACCUUUCACCUAAAGAAACAGGUCAGAGAAAGAGUAUUCCAUAGCAAAUGAUUCACCAGUACCUUUCUAAUAUCCACAAGGCUAAACUCAAGGCCGUAAUAGAAUAAAUACAAGAGAUUCUGCAGUUGUUGACAAUCUUGAGCAAGACGCACAAAAUACUGAAAGAACUCUGCAAGUCAGGCAGCAUCUAUGGAGGAGAAUGAACAGUUGACAUUUCCAGCCAUGACCCCUCAUCAGGACUGGGAAAAGAGGUGGAAGAAGCCGGAAUAAGAUGGUGGGAGGGAGGGGAAGUCGUACAACCUGGCAAGUGAUAGGUGAACCCCGAUGAGGGGGAAGGCGAGUGGAGAGAAUCUCGAUCAGAUUCCUCCUUCUUCAGCCUUUUAUCUCUUCUUACUUCAUCCCUACUCCCCCGCCCACACACCCUCACCCUAUCACACAUGAUUUCACCUGUCACCUGCCAGCUUGUGUUCCUCCCUCCCCCCACCUUUAUAUUCUGACUUCCACCCUCUUCAUUUCCAGCCUCAGCCAACAACGUCGACUGUUUAUUUCCCUCGAUAGGCGUGCCUGACCUGCCGAGUUCCUCCAGCAAUUUGCGUGUAUUGCUGGAAUAGAAUAUUCCCCAUUUGUCUGGAUGAAUGAAUUUGAGAAAUAUCCAGGCCAACGGGACCCAUUUGAUGACACUAAAUCCACCAGUUUAAGCAUUUCACUCCCUGCACCAGCAGCUCACUCGGACAGUGCUGUGCACCACCUAUAAAAUGCAGCACAGAAAAUUACCAUAAAUCUAAAGCCAUCAGCAGGAUUAGGACAUCUGUGGAAUACAAACUGCUCCAACUCCACUCUAUGUCCUAUAAAUCAUAUGUAUGUCAACCUGAAUUGCAAAUGUAUUGGCAUGCCUAUAGUGUCACUGUCAAAAUCCUCCUCGUCCUUACGCACGCAGACCGCAGCAAUUGAAGAAGUUGAUUGAAUACCAUCUUUUCAGGAGCAAAUCAGGAUGAGGAAUGAAUGUAGUUCUGACCAACGAUGUCUAAAUCAUAUAAAUCUUAUGAAUCAUUUUAAAAUAUAUACUCACGUACUACAGAUGUGUGUACAUUUAACCUCAUUAGCUGAUGAAAUUCUCAUUAUUUUUUGCCUCAGAAACCUACAUGUAGCAGUGGAUUUAACUAAAGGCUGUGAAUUCAUUUGCAAAAGAAGAGAGGGGACUAAUUCACAAUGCCAGAUUGCAAAUCACUUUUGACUUUCCUUAUUUAUUAUUUAUUUUUUAUUAUAACUGUCUAAGACUUUGUCAAAAAGAUGAAUGAAACAUUACUCCUAAAUAAUGUAACGACUUGUAAAAGACUGCCUCCAACUGUGGAACCAUAUUUGACAUACAUAAUCAAAGAGCUUUCUAAAGGAAGUUUUUGCAAUUAUUCCACUUUCAAUUCCCUCUACAAUAUUACACUUUUUUGUGUGACUCAGAAUGUAAAAUAAAUGCCAGACAAAAACAAUAUGAGCAGUAGAACUUUUGACUUUACCUGUAGGUUUUGA